GCGGAGCCUCGGGCUGACAUCAGCGCGCCUCGCUCACCGCCAGCGGCCGCUCCGCUCGCCCUCUCGCUGCCCGCCCGGCGCAGAGGAUGCCUGGAGGAGACAUGGCCAAGCCCCUCCUUGGCCACAGGAGCACAGAGGGUGAUCCCAGCGUGGUGCCUGCAGCUGGACGCACCAUCGGCGUGCUGGGGAGCGGGGACUUUGCGCGCUCAUUGGCCAUCCGUCUGGUGUGCUCUGGCUUCAAGGUGGUGGUGGGCAGCCGCAACCCAAAGCGCAAAGCCUGCCUCUUCCCCUCUGCAGCAGAGGUCACCUUCCAGGCUGAGGCGGUGAAGAAGACGGAUGUCAUUUUUGUGGCGGUUUUCAGGGAGCAUUACUCCACGCUCUGUGACCUGGCUGAUGUGCUGGCGGGAAAGAUCCUGGUGGAUGUCAGUAACAACACUGAAAUCAACCACCACAAAGAAUCCAACGCUGAAUACUUGGCCUCUCUGUUCCCAGCCUGCACUGUGGUCAAGGGCUUUAAUGUGGUUUCUGCGUGGACGCUGCAGUCUGGUGCCAGGGAUGGCAAUAAGCAGGUUCUAAUCUGCUCCAAUAGCCAAGAAGCCAAGCGUACUGUGGCAGAAAUUGCUCAGGUAAUGGGCUUCACCCCUGUGGACAUGGGCUGCAUGUCCUCAGCCUGCGAGAUUGAGAACAUUCCCCUGCGCCUUUUGCCAGCCUGGAAAAUCCCCCUCUUUUUGGCUCUGGGGCUUUUUCUUUGCUUUUUCACUUACAACCUGGUGCGGCAGGUCAUCCACCCUUACAUCAGGGAGCAGAAGAAUAAGUUUUAUAAGAUCCCUGUCGAGGUGGUCAACACUACGCUGCCGUGCGUGGCCUAUGUCAUGCUGUCUCUGGUCUACCUCCCUGGUGUGCUGGCAGCCUGCUCGCAGCUCUACUACGGCACCAAAUACAGGCGCUUUCCAGACUGGCUUGACCAGUGGCUGCAACACAGAAAGCAGAUCGGCCUCCUCAGCUUCUUCUGUGCAGCUCUGCACGCCGUGUACAGCCUGUGCCUGCCCAUGCGCCGCUCCCACCGCUACCAGCUGAUUGAGACAGCCGUCAAGCAGGCUAUGGAGAAGAAGAUGAAUAUCUGGGUAGAGGAGGAAGUCUGGAGGAUGGAGAUUUAUAUCUCUGUUGGAAUAAUUGCCCUGGGCUUGCUGUCGUUACUUGCCAUCACCUCACUUCCAUCCAUUGCAAACUCUCUCAACUGGAGGGAAUUCAGUUUCAUCCAGUCUACGCUGGGAUUUAUUGCCUUGGUCAUCAGCACCCUGCACACCCUCACAUAUGGCUGGUCAAGGGCCUUUGAUGAGAACCAAUACAAGUUCUACCUGCCUCCCACCUACACUCUCACGCUGCUUGUCCCAUGUACUGUGAUCCUAGCAAAAGUUGCCUUCAGUUUGCCUUGCAUUCAGCAGAGACUCGUGCGAAUCAGAAGAGGCUGGGAGAAGGGGAGGUACGUCAAGUUUGUCCUGCCCAGUGCAACAGGGGAGUAUUCGAGUGGGGAGACCUCUAGCAACGUCUGAUGGAACCUCAGGGGUGACAGAGGAUUUCAAAGCACUAUCAACAUUUCUAUAAAGGUGUUCCUUUUUCUUAAAUGUAUGUAUGUUUUAGUAUAAUUAUAUUGUGGGUAAAUAAUAAAAUCUGGUGACUUUA